AUGACGAGUCGCAGCAGCUUCACUGGCUCGGAGUUCUCCGAGGAGGAGUUGGAGCUGAGUCCGGAGGUUCAGAUGGAUGAUGACACCCUCGACAGCAGCAGGAAAGGUUCCUACACCGAUAGCGCAAGUCCCAGCAGCACCCUGAGCGAGGCCGAGGAGGGUCGGCCAAAGAAACGCAGCAGGCCGGUGCGCUCCACGGCCCGUAGGAUGGCAGCCAACGUGAGGGAGAGGAAGCGAAUUCUGGAUUACAACCAGGCCUUCAAUGCACUGCGUGUGGCACUCCAUCAUGACCUGAGUGGCAAACGACUUUCCAAGAUAGCCACGUUGCAGCGUGCCAUCAACCGCAUCUCAGCGCUUUCUGUGUUUCUUAGGAACAACCCACCCAACGGAGCCAGCAAACCCUGCACACACCGGGAAUGCUACGGACAACCCGGACAAGUGUCCCCGACCAACGUCGAGCCCCAGGGGUUCAUGUCCUGGGAACAACCGCUGGCGCUCCAGAUGCAGAAGCACAGACUGCCUUCAGAGCAGCAAGUUUACAUGGACCAUUUCAGACAUGCGGGUUCUACCUGUCCGCUACUGCCACACUAUUCCUGCUACUCGCCCGAUGUCCAGCUUUAUGCGAAUGGUGCAUCCUGUGGCAGUCCUGCCAGUGACGAUGCCAGUCCUCCUCGGUACGGGCGACUGGGUGACGGGUUGGGCUACCAGGCUGGGGUUUGGGGAUCCUGUUCUCAGCGCUAUGUGGAUGGGCACAGUGAGGCAACUCAGACUCUACCUUUCUCUUGGCACAUGGGCUAUCUCCAGGAGACAGGUCCUCAACACUGCUAUCCGAUGCUAUGA